ACUAGCAGAUUGUCGUUUAGCUUGCUAAUUGGCUGUCAGUGGCUAACAUGUUCAGAAUAUUAUGACUUUUACAGAAAAUUCGAAAACCUGAACUUAUAGCGACUGUGUUAAUUUUCAUUUGGAGUUUAAAUAUAGAAACGGUCCUCAUCUCCUGUGGCUCCAGCAUCCUCCCGCGAACCGCCUCUCGUUUGUCCCCGUUUCCUUUGUUUGUAUUCGGGAAGAAGGAAGUUUACGUGUACUGUGUUGACGUGGCGAUUUCUGGAAGACAAACACUAAAUAUGUUGAGAUCGUUGUUUGUGGCAUUGGCCGUGUCAGCGGUUUUCGCCGGGGUGCCUUCUAAUGAAGAGACGAAAAGACUGAUGGAUCACCUAUCUGAUGUGGAACACUUCAAGAAUGAACACCACAAUAAGCAAUUCGACCACGACGCAUUCUUGGGGGAGGAUCAAGCUAAGACUUUUGAUCAGUUACCACCUGAAGAAAGUAAAAGAAGGCUAGGCGUAAUAGUGGACAAGAUCGACACCGAUAAAGACGGGUUCGUAACGCCGGUGGAGCUGAAGGACUGGAUCCGGUACACGCAGAAGCGGUACAUCGACGAAGACGUGGACCGCCACUGGCGGCAGCACAACCCCAACAACGAGGAGUCCAUCACCUGGGAUGCAUACAGGAAAAAUGUGUACGGUUUCUUGGAUGAAAUGGAUCAAAAGGAAUUUAAAUCACCGGACAGUGAGGGCUUCGCUUAUUCUGCUCUACUGAAACGAGACAGGAGGAGGUGGCAUUAUGCCGAUGCUGAUCAGAACGAGGCAUUAAACAAGACAGAGUUUGCGGCGUUCUUACACCCCGAGGAUUAUCCUGGAAUGAACACUGUUGUUGUACUUGAGACCUUGGAAGACAUUGACAAGGAUAAGGACGGUAAGAUAUCUCUUGAGGAGUAUAUUGGUGAUAUGUACAAGCCCGAGGAUGGAGAGGAAGGCGAGGAGCCCGACUGGGUCAAGCAGGAAAGGGAGCAGUUCACUGGAUACAGAGACACAGACAAGGAUGGGUACAUGGACGAGGGAGAGGUGAAGGAGUGGAUCGCGCCUCCCGAGUUCGACCACGCGGAGGCCGAAGCGCGCCAUCUGGUGUUCGAGGCGGACUCCGAUGCCGACGAGAAGCUUACUAAAGCGGAGAUCCUCGACAAGUACGACCUGUUCGUCGGCUCGCAGGCCACCGACUUUGGUGAAGCACUAGCUCGUCACGACGAGUUCUAGUUCCGUUUUAGUUAUUGUUAAUAUACAUUUCCGUCUGUUCUGUUAGUAUAUUAUAUGAAUUUAUGAUAAUUCUACGCUUAACCGCCGACAUCUGCUAAAACAGAAAAAAAUAUUAUAAGUAUCUACUGAAAAAAGAAAUCAUUCACGAUUUAUUCAAAAUACGAUAAAAUCAAAACAUAUUUGAUCUUAAGAUAAAUUUUUAGUACAUUCAAGUAACGAUUAUUUCUUUAUGUAACAUAGAAAAGGAGAUAUGGAAAUUAGAAAAAAAAAAUACAAUAAUUUCAGUUAUAAAUUGCUUUUCCUUAAACGUUGAUAAAUUAGAAAUAUUAAAAUAUCAAUUGCAAUAAAUUGAAUUACAAUAGGGGAUAAUAAAUAUCGUGAGUCAUUCUGAAUUGAAACUAGUUGAACAACCCCAUUGUUGAUAUAUGAAUAAGGCCAAUAUAAAUAAUUACUUUAUGCACACAAAAUACAUGUGUAUAAAGACAUUUCUUACUGGGAAAUUCAAUUAAAAGUUGUAAAAAUUUCUUUAUAAAUUAAUAAUACUAAAAACAUACAUAUUCAUAAUUGUUUCUUUAAUUUUUAAAAGGGGCAGCUAACUUACUGUGCUCUCCCUAUUUAUUAAAAUUAAUAAUUAAAAAGAAAAAUUAAAUUAAUGUUGUAAUUGUUUAUUAUUGUUAUAUUAACUACUUAUCGUGUCUUGAGGUUGGAUUUGACAAUAAUAUAUUUCUAAUAACAUUUCUAUAAGAACAGACGGAAAUGGUCAAUAGGCAUAAGCUAGCUGCAGUGGGCAUGGUCGCGUAAAAAUGGUGGGCAUAUUAAUUUGACUGAUAAGUAAUGUUUUAUAUGCUAUUUGCUAUAUACAUCGAUCUGAUUAUUUGUGUUUUAAAACAGAUGCCACAUCUUUCUUUACUUAACUUAAGUAUGUUUAUUGAAGUUAAUUUUCUAAUGUGCAUUUUUACUGGAUAAUUUUGACGUUUUUAGAACUAAUUAAUUCCAUUAUAAAUUGUAUGAGAAAUGAUUAUAUAUAGGUACAUUUGAAAAGACAAAGUGCGUUUAAUUUUUUACUGAGCCUAAUUUGUAUGAGUGCAAUUUUUUAAAUCAUUAAUAGAUAAUAUAUCAAUAAACGAUAUAAAUGAAUUGCUGUAUAAUGGAAGAAUUAUAUUAAUUUUGUUUUAAACAGAAACUCGGGUAUUUACAAAUAUUUCAUAUAUUUUAAUACAUCAAGACCUAUUUUUAUCUAUUUAUUUUAUCAUUUAUCUAUUUAUUUAUUUAAACUAUUGCACCAUUUAUAAAAAUCAUAAAUACAUUAACUACAAUACUUUGAAUGUAUGCGUUUUAUGUAUGUAUGAGAAAUGACGACAAAUUUAUCAUUCAGAUAAUACUUAAGCUGUAAUUUGUCUACUAUAAUGUUUAAAUAAUGAAUGGCAGCAUCAAAUAAAAUAGUACUCUAUUAAUUUUAAAUUUAAUUAUUAUAUACUUAGCUAAUACAUUACAUACUUAGCUAUAUUUCAACUGACACUUGCCAUAAUACUGUUUUGUAGAAUUUCUGUUUUACGUUUUGUAUCUAUAGAAUAAGAUGUAAGUCAUUAGUUACUAACAUUCAAGACCAAAGCUAUAUUUCCAGUUAAAAUCUCACUACUCUACUUAUCUAUUGUACUGAGAAAUUAUAUUUUUUUAUAGUAUCAGAAGGAGAGGCAAAGCCACUAAUAUCACCUGAUGGAAAGUGGCAAUGUUUAGACCAUAUUGGUACCGUGGAAACUACACGUAUGGCCAAAUGUAAAUUCUAUUUGUGAUUCUAAAAUUAAGAUAUUGUUUAAGAUUAAUAUAUUUUAUAUUAUAUCAUAUGUAUAGCGUUUAAUAAUGUACUUACUGAUUUAAAAUCAAUUUAUAAUUUCCGAACUAAAUUUUUUUUUUUUUCUCCAGUACAAUUAACAUAGGAAACUUUUAGUUAGUAUAAUAAAUACAUUUUUAACUA